AUGAUUUCCUCUAGCGUUCUCUCUGUUGGAGAAACCUCAUACCAGCUAGAAAUAUGGGGAGAUUUGAAGCACAAACUUUCCCAGCUAGAGUAUGUGGCGUCCGUACGUGUUCGAAGAAUACCCCUCUUCCUUGUUUCCAUAGGGCCGUUUGAUGUCUACUCAGAGCAUGCUGAGACGGAAGGCUACUUUCAAGAAAACUUGACCACUAGGACAGGAGUGAUGGCUCGUUCAGAUGCAGAAGUAUACGUGGUUUUCUAUCUAGCCGGCUCAGGAGUCAAGUGUUUCUGCAUUGAUUUUGGCAUUAUAAGAGAGGCUCAGAAUUUGGGCCGGAAUCAACAUUCCAACAUCUACUUUUCAGAAAACCCUCGGCAUGCCGCCCGCUCGGACACUGCUGUCUUUGAUCGUGUGCUUGAAGGCAGAUUAUCAGAAAAGCCCACGAGAACAGCACCACUUCCGCCGCCACUGCUGAUUCUUUCUUCAGAGCCUCAAAUUUCAGAAACGAUAAACAAAACCAUUCUUUCAGGUCUCCGGCUUCGCGGGCUUUCGAGAAGCUCAGCACAAAGCCCAAAGCAGCGGGUUAUAAUUGGAGAAAUUUACCAAAUGACGAAGAAGGCGGCUCACUUUGCCUUACGAAAGUACAACUAUGACUUUAACGAUGCGAACACCAAGAUCAAAACAAGCGAUAUUCAGGACGUUGUGGAACGGCUAUUGGAGGUAUUUGUUGACAUAGAACCAGCAGAAAAUUUCACUUGA